GCGCACUUUCCAGUUCCGAUAACACACACAGCUAAUCGAAAGCGCGAAGCUAUCGAUUGUUCUCAUGGUUAUUGUGCAGCGGAGAUCGGAAAAACGUGUGAAAAAGCAUUAACGAGCAAGUAUGUCUGGACGCGAGGGCGGUAAGAAGAAGCCUCUGAAGGCGCCGAAGAAGGACUCCAAGGACCUGGACGAGGAUGACAUGGCCUUCAAGCAAAAGCAGAAGGAGCAGCAGAAGGCUCUGGAGGCGGCAAAGGCGAACGCCUCCAAGAAGGGUCCCCUCGUCGGCGGCGGCAUCAAGAAGUCGGGAAAGAAGUAAAGCUGCCACGCCUCCAUCUGUAGUCCGCAACCCACUGGAUUCUGGACGCUGAAUUGCCAGCCGAAGCACACCCAUGUGGACCAUAAUCUUUUUAUACUUACGAUUACCAUUAAAUAGAUCAUUGUACGUCA